GCAUAUGGGGAAGGGUUCCAAGAACCAGAAUUCCAUGAUUGGUAUUUCGUACCUAGAUUGAAUUUAUGGAUUAAGAAACAUGAUUUGAUUCCAGUUUUCAAUCCUGAUGAUAUCACACUGAACGGAAAAGUUAACAAGGAGAAAUUAUUAUAUAAAGUUCAACGAAUGACAGAUGAGGAAGUUCUUAACUUAUUAGAGAAUGAUGAAAUUUUGGUAGAAUAUUAUUUGACUAAAGAUUUAAAUGAAUUGCAUUCUAAGGAGAUGACCUUUUUGUUUGAUAAGUUAGGAAGAGAUAAUUUAUUAUUAGGUGAAGAUGAACAAGCUAUGAAGGAGUAUCAUGAAUUGAGUAGACCAUUUAACUUUAAGAAACCUUUGAAAAAGUCAUUGUAUUCUUAUGAACAAAGUAUUGAGAGACGAGCAAAGGAGAGAAACAAUUGA